ACGGUUAUGUGCGCUACUGAGUUGUUGUCAAUGAAGGACUCAGUAAGCAAAGAAGAAAAUACAAAAUCCAAAGCUCAGCUUAAAGCUGAAAGGAGGGCUAUUCAAGUAAGAUCCUUAUAACUCAAAUCAUAAUACAAGGAAGCUCAAAGAGCUGCGAAAGCUGCUUCCAAAGGUACUGACAAGCCAAAAGUCACGCAAAAACCAAAUGCCGUUCCUAGUAAUGCACCGAAUGCUCACCCAAAUCAGGAUACAUGCAUGACUGAACAAAAGACUGUUUCUUCUAAAGAUGAGAAAACAUGUAAAGAUGUGGUGCAAAGUCAAAAUAACCGCCUCGAUUAUUCCAGCCUUAAAAUUGCUGAGCUUCCGAAGUCCAGAACACAAGAGUCCUGUCGCGUUCACCUCUUCAAGCAUCUUGACCAACCAGACAAGCGAGUAAAUGUUAUCAGUUAUCUUGGUUUAGGUACUCAUUCCUCAAUCCAUCCUUCAUUCCUCACUCUGGGUGUCGAUUUUGACGAAGAUCGAAUAUGGGGCUCCAAUGAGAAGUGUUUAGCGUUUUUGUCGUCUUGUGAAGAACUCAUACGUUCAUUCAUUCCGAAGUCACCUACCGAAAGAAUAAACAAUCACACUGGAACAAAUGAUGCUCUGUUUUGCCGGAGUUUCGGACCAGUUUUGCAAGCUCAUGUAAACUUUCUUCAGCUUUGUCGUCCAUUAUCUGUUACGAUAUAUAAUGCUUAUCAGUAUCUGAAGCAGACGCUUACUCGCCUAGAUUCCGUGGAAGAUUGGGAUGAGUGUAGAGGCAGUUUUUUAUCAGCCAUCGUCGAAUUUAGACGUGGUUCAAUUCACUUGGCAGGAGAUGAAAUUGUAGAUCGUACAGUUAAUUUGAUUCGUUCCGGUGAAUGUGUUUGUAUAUUUGGAUAUUCAUCAUUGGUAGCCCGUGUGCUGGAACGUGCAUGGAAAUCUCCAUGCAACACAUCUGUCAAUCAAGUUGAUGCAAAUGUUGAUUUUUUAGCGAGCAAAAUGAAAAAAUGUUUUGUAAACACUAAAUUCGAUCCAUCAAAUAAAAAUACAAACAGAGUGUUUAGUGUUUUUGUUGUUGACUCUCGACCGAAAUUUGAGGGUAGACAAAUGCUAACCAGAUUGUUGAAAGCAGGAAUACCAUGUGAAUAUACACAUAUUGGUGCAUUGCCAAGUGUUGCAAAUAAGAUAUCUCUAGUUAUUCUGGGCGCCCAUGCUCUUCUUAGCAAUGGCUACGUACUAGGUCGUAUGGGGACCGCUCAAGUAGCCAACAUUGCAGCCUCUAUUUCUCAUGCUCCAACAAUUGUGUGUGCUGAAACUUACAAAUUUUGGGAGCGCGCCCAUUCUGAUGCAUUCGAGUAUAACGAACUUGGAGAUCCUGACGACAUUUGGCGAGGUCCACGAGGUACAUCACCAGACUAUAAGAAAGGUAUUCCUGGUUUCGGUCCAGCUGGACUUCCAGAUAGAAUUGAAUCAUCUACAACUGAUUUGAGUGAAUGGCGUUCAAAUUCUAGUCUUCGACUGUUACAUUUAGAAUAUGAUGUGUUACCACCUACAUUGGUUACAGCUGUAGUAACUGAAAAGGGCACCUUACCUACAACCUCUGUUCCUGUAGUCCUGCGAGUAAAACAAGCUUCUAUAACCAAUGUGUAAUUUUUUUUAUUUUUUGCAUUUUGUAAAAGUGUACUUAUUUGUUGUUAUGAUUUGGUAUUGUAGGUGUAUUGAAAUGCAAUAAACGCACAGUAUUAACUUUCACUAUUUUGCUAUGAUUCUACUAGCGAUUAUAUUCGGUUGUCCGUACCAAAUUUAGUAGAUUUUUAAGGUUUAGGUUAAAUAUUGGUUAACUGAAUUAAUCCUUUUUAUGCAUUGCACGGUGAAGAGAUAAGUUUAACCGGCAGACUUUUUUCAUUUCUAACUACAUUUAAGUUCUUAGAAGUGACUUCAUCCGAUAUCCAUUAAUUAAAAAGUUGCAAUAUUUGCAUCAAGAUAAUUGAUUUUAAGCCAGUAGUUAGGCUAUCCUAGCAGGCUAUAUUAUCUCCAACACUUAGUCCUUAAGUUUCUACUAUCCUAGGCAAGUCGGUUAAAGAACAAAAGAAGAAAAUCUUAGACUACAUGACUAAAUCGUACUGUGGAG